CUCGCCUUGCAUUCACGAUCCGACGUAAGGCAGAUGCUAUCGUAUUGACCGAGAGACUGCAUUCGCAUUGUUAUCGCUAGCUACUGUUCUCGAAUCACAGAACUAAUUUCGCGACAACAGACGAUCUGCAGCCCAAUGAAGACAUGCCCUUCCCUCAGAAUCAGCCAGAAUGGAUAGACUGACAAUAAUUCCAGCCUAUAAACCCAAGACUUUCCCGACGGCGAGGCAGAACUUCGUGGUGUAUAUAUGUCACUCUCUGGCUGCCGAAACGUGACCUGGUCGGAUUUCUGCUUGUAUAGCCCACCAUGGCACCAAUGAUCGAAGACAGGGCCGCAGACGGCGCCGUUAUUACAGGCAAGACCCCACGCAAGCCUGCCCUUUACAACAAUGUGAACGAGGAGGAACUUCAGGCAGCGGCAUCGAAAUACCUGGCAAACUAUGGCACUAAGUUCGAGAAGGAUAUUGUAACAGGUAGCAAGGGCUUGCAUGUUUACACAGCCAAUGGCCACAGAGUUCUGGAUUGGACAUCCGGCCAGAUGUCAUGCUUGAUCGGACACGGUCACCCAGAAAUCGUGCGUACAAUCCACGAUCAUGCUGAAAACCUGGACCACCUCUUCUCAGGCAUGCUCUCGCCGCCUGUCAUCAACCUGGCCAAGCGCCUCACCUCUGUCUUGCCUGAGGGGCUCGACAAAGCUUUCUUCCUCUCCACAGGAGGCGAGUCAAAUGAAGCAGCCAUCAAGAUGGCCAAAAUGUACACCGGAAACUUCGAAGUUGUCGGACUAGGAGCAAGCUGGCACGGUGUCACAGCCCAAGCUCUAGGCACACAAUACCACUUUGGUCGUAAAGGCCAGGGCCCGCUAAUGCCUGGAAUGCAUAUGCUCCCACCACCCAACGCUUAUCGAUCCAUCUUCCGCAAGCCUGACGGUUCGUACGACUGGGAGACCGAGCUCGAUUAUGGCUGGGAUCUGAUUGACCGCGCGUCUUGCGGGUCCCUUGCAGCCUGCAUUGUUGAAUGCAUCCAGUCCUCUGCCGGCAUGCACGUUCUCCCGCCAGGAUAUCUGAAAGCGCUGAAAAAGCACUGCGAAAAGCGUGGCAUGCUGCUUAUUGUGGACGAAGCACAGACCGGUGUCGGCCGCUGUGGUGAUCUUUUCGCCAUCAAUCAUGAAGGAGUUGUUCCAGAUAUACUCACUCUCAGUAAGACCUUGGGUAAUGGCCUACCUUUGAGUGCCGUGAUCACGAGCUCGGAGAUCGAGCGUGCCUGUACAGAACGAGACUUUUGCUUUUACACAACCCAUGUGAACGAUCCUUUGCCUGCAUCCGUGGGAGACAAGGUCCUCGAGAUCGUACUGCGGGACAAUCUCGUGGAGAACUCGCGCAGCAUGGGUUUACAUCUGCAGGCCGGUCUGCAGAAGCUCAAGGAGCGUUACGGGUGUAUUGGCGACGUGCGGGGUCGCGGUUUGAUGGCUGGGUUGGAGAUUGUGGGAGACCGCGAGACCAAGGAGCCAGCCAUCGACCUCGCGCGGAGGGUAGCCAGUAAGAUGUAUGAGCUGGGGCUGUGGGCGAAUUUGAGCAGUCACUCCAGCUUCAGUGGCGUGUUCCGAAUAGCGCCGCCCAUUGUGAUCACCAAAGAGCAGUUGGAUCAGGGUUUGGAGAUUAUGGAGCGCGCCUUCCAACUCACUGACGGCACAAUGCCGUUGUACUGAUUUCAGUGCUGGGUUUGGCUGAGUGUUGAGUAGUAGGCUAGGUGAUGCACGAAGGUAGAAUAGAACUCUGUACAUAGGUGGAUGCUGCAUGUGACUGAUAAGGAGGUGAUGACCG